AAGAUCACUCACCGACAAAAGAAUCUUCACCUUUCUAUACUUUCUUUUUCAACUUUUUUUCAUCCCCAUUGACGACAUUAUCACAUUAUUCUCAUCUCUAACAAUGCCUCCGUCUUAUUUUCCUCUCCGUUGGGAAAGCACAGGACAACAAUGGUGGUACGCAUCACCAAUCGAUUUAGCAGCAGCAAAUGGCCACUACGAUCUCGUCAUUGAGCUUCUUCACCUCGACACAAACCUCCUCAUCAAACUCACUUCCCUUCAAAGACUUCGCCGUCUCGAAUCUCUCUGGAACCACAACGAAUCUCAGUUCCAAACCGUCGCUAAAUGUCGCUCUCACGUCGCGAAAAAACUCAUGCUCGAAUGCGAAACUGGAAAAAACCAGAAAAGAAGAAACUCUUUGGUUAAAGCUGGAUAUGGUGGAUGGCUUCUUUACACUGCUGCUUCAGCUGGUGAUAUGGAAUUUGUUUGUGAAUUGUUGAGGAGAGAAUCUUCUCUUGUUUUUGGAGAAGGUGAGUAUGGUGUUACUGAUAUUUUGUAUGCUGCAGCUAGAAGUAAAAGUUCUGAGGUUUUUAAGAUUUUGUUUGAUUAUGCAUUGUUGAAGAAUAGUGAUGAAUUGGUUUUGGAUGAGGUUUUUGAGAAGGAUAUGGUGAAUAGAGGUGUUCAUGCUGCUGCUAGAGGUGGGAAUUGGGAGAUACUGAAACAGUUUGUUGGAAGUGUUUCUCAUGUUUUAGCUUAUACAGAUUCCAAUGGAUGCACUGUUUUGCAUACAUCAGCUGCUACAGGACAAGUUGAGGUGGUGAGAAAGUUACUUGAAUCAUUUGAUAUUAUCAACUUAACAGAUGCUCAAGGUAACACUGCAUUACAUGUAGCUUGUUACAAGGGUUACUUACCUGUGGUAGAGAUUCUGAUAAAUGCAUCUCCCUCACCAGCAUUGUUAACCAACCAUCAUGGAGAUACUUUUCUUCAUUUAGCAGUGGCUGGUUUCAAAAGUCCUGGUUUCUGUAGACUAGACAAGCAUACCGAACUCAUGAAGCAGUUGGUGAGCGAAAAGAUUGUGAAGACGCAAGACAUCAUCAAUGUUAAGAACAACGAUGGAAGAACCGCUCUUCAUGUAUCUGUGAUUGAGAACAUCCAAUGUGAGGUGGUGGAGUUGUUGAUGUCUGUGCCAUCAAUUGAUUUGAACAUUAGUGACUCUGAUGAGAUGACCGCUUUGGAUCUUUUGAAGCAAAGAUCACAAUCAGCAUCUUCCGAUAUUUUAAUCAAUCGGUUGAUUUCUGCGGGAGGGAUAAAUUGUAAGCUUAGUUCGUACAAUUUUGAAUCAAGCUGCACCGUGCAGCCGUUGCAGAAGAUCCAAAUAAAUGUAAGUGGAGGUAGUCCUGGGACUUCAUUUAGAAUACCAGAUGCAGAGAUAUUCCUGUACACUGGAAUUGAGAAUGCAUCUAAUGCUGAUUAUGAUCAAACAAGUCCUGAAUCAUAUUCAUGUUCAAGUGAACUAAACAAUUCUGAUGAUGCAAAUUCCCCAUAUAAUAACAAAUCGAACUCUGUCAAUUAUGCUGCAAGGCGCUUAAAGUUUCUUCUAAGGUGGCCUAGAAGAAAAGACACAAAAACAACUUUCUCAGAAAUGGAAGAUGAUGAUUCACUUGAUCAUUUCAGUUCAAGUAAAAACAUGGAAGAGUUUCCAAUCCCUUUAAGGCAAAGAUACUCACAACCAUGUUCCAUUAGAGCACAAUCUAUAAGGAAUUCUAUUCCAAGUCCAUCCUCCAAAAUGAAUUUCACUGCAGGCCUCAUGCAAGGAGUAAUUCAGCUAAAUCCACAUGUUACUCUUCCUACUCGUUCAACUCCUAAUCUUUUUCAAGAAUUAUCCGUGGUUUCUCUUUCUUCUCUCCACAAACAAAAGAGUCUUGAUAUAAUGGGGCCCUCUUGCUCCGAUCGAUCGAUAAAAGAUGAUGGCGCCCUUCAAUUGAACUACAAACAUGGUUCUUUCGAUAAGAAAACACUGAUGAGUCGGUAUCUUUCUUUUGGAGCACAAGGCCUGAACAUGGAAGAUUCAAAUAGCUGUGAAUCAAAUGGGAGUUAUAAGUGUUUCAGUUCUUUAGUUGUUUAACCACUUUAACCAAAUUACUUGGUUAUGUCAUCGGCUCGAGUUUUAAGCUGAUCGGGAAGGGAUUGAGAUAUGGGUGCAGGUGAAGAAAUUGAUCACCAUGAUGUAGAAAAAAAUCAAGCUGAUGCCAAACAAAAGGCCAUUGAUGAUUGGCUUCCUGUAACUGCUUCUAGAAAUGCC